ACUAAACAAAAUGGCGUCGACCAUGUAGGCAGGGGACAAAUGCUUGUCAUCAAGAAAUCGUGUCGUUCAACGCACAGUUAAAGGGAUUUUUAACUGGAGUACUCAAUAUAGUACUGUUAAAAAGAUGUCUCUUAGGAAUGUGUUCUCAUCAACAUCCCAUGCUUUGAAAAAGUGGAAUGCGGUUAUAAAUUUGAAGCGGAUCAUCACAUCAGUAGGACCACAACACGUUCCUUGCGCCACGGUGGCUCCCCGAUUAUUAAGUCACUGGAGUGCGUCUAACAUAUGCAAUACGAAAAGUAAUGAGAACCUCAACAGCCAGCCAGUAAGACAGUAUGCCAGAGCCGCAAGAAAAAAACAAGAAAUCCCAAGCCAGUUGAGUGACCUGCCUCCAUCUAUGCUCAAGCUAGAGUACACAUCGGUUCCUCUUGCUCAAACGACUGACGGUAUUGUUAAGAGACUUCUUUCCUUGGAGCUGGCAAGUCAUAGUGAAAAGCUGCGAGUUAAGCAGGAAGAGCUUAUAGCUAAGGUUCAGAGAGAUAAAAAUGACCGCACAUCCACUGAAGUCAAGGUGGCUAUAUUGACAGCUCGCAUCCGCAACUUUCAAGACCACUUGCUUAAGCACCCAAAGGACAAAGCCAACAAGAGAAGGAUGUUGAUGAGCAUUGACCGACGGAAGAAAAAGCUGAAGUUCCUGAGGAGGACACACUACGACACGUUUGAGCAUGUCUGCAAGCAGCUGGGCAUCACCUACACCUUCCCUCCUGAAUACCACCGGCGUGCUACGCGACGCUGGCAGGCCAAGAAAGCCCUCUGCAUUAAGGUCUUCAAAGAGGUGCAGAAACAGAAAGCAGCACAGAAAGCCAAAGCCAAGCUAGCAGUGAUGCCACUCAGCUCUGAGACAGCUGAGGCCACCUCCACAGAAACCCAUGGGGCAGCAGCGCACAGCAGUUAGGGUAAAGGAACACGGCCUGAUCCUCUGGCUCCGUUUUCAUGUUGUACACUCGCCAGUUUCAGAUCUCAGAUGGACUUUUCAUAUGGGGCUAACUGAAAUUGAAAUGCUAUGGUCAACCUCAGUUCCUUUCAGUCUUACAUAUAUACACACAGAGAAGCUUUGUCUAAACUUUAGACAAUAGAAAUCAAAUUCAUGGUUACAUGUCUGAUGUGUGAACAAAAUCAGUCAUUUAUGUCAUGAUUACAUGAAAUAAAAGAUCACAUAAUA